UUGUCCUCUGAGGUGAUCUGUCAAGCCUCCAGAGAAACCUGUGCCUGCCACGCGGGUGCUGCAGAGCCAGCUUACUCCAGGAGGGGAUGGAGAUUCCUUCAUUCCUGCCCAUCCCUGCUGCUGAGAGUGGCUGGGCCGACUGCACACUCUGCCAUCCUUUGGGCCACAUGCUACUGUGGACUGCUCUGCUAUUCCUGGCUCCGGUUGCUGGAACAACUGAAACUCUCCCGAAGGCUGUGGUGAGCCUUGAGCCCCCAUGGAUCAACGUGCUCCGGGAGGAUUAUGUGACUCUGAAGUGCCAGGGGGCCCAUACCCCUGAGGACCACCCCACUCAGUGGUUCCAUAAUGGGAGCUCCAUCCCAACCCAGGUCCAGACCAGCUACAGCUUUAAGGCCAAACACAAUGACAGUGGAGACUACAGGUGCCAGACGGGCCAGACCAGCCUCAGUGACCCUGUGCAUCUGGAUGUGAUUUCCGACUGGAUGCUGCUCCAGACCCCUCGCCUGGUGUUCCAAGAGGGGGAGCCCAUCCACCUGAGGUGCCACAGCUGGAGAAGCAAGCCUCUGUACAAGGUCACAUUCUUCCAGAAUGGAAAAUCCAAGAUGUUUUCCCAUGUGAAUCUCAGCUACUCCAUUCCACAGGCAAAUCUCAGCCACAGUGGCGCGUACCACUGCACAGGAGUUAUAGGGCAGAUGCUGCACUCGUCACAGCCUGUGAACAUCACUGUCCAAGGUGACACCUCUGUCAAGAUGGAAGGGUCCAGGGAGUCCUCACUGGCGGUGAUAGUCAUGGCUGUGGUUGCUGUGAUGGUUGCAGUGGCCGUUGGUGGUGCCGCAGUAGGCUGGUUCCGCCUCAGGAAAAAAAAGAUUUCAGCUCACUCAGGAGCCCCUGAGCACAGGGAAAUGGGAGAGACUCUCCCUGAGGAACCAGCCAACGUCACUGGUGCUGAAGAGGCCGACAAAAUUGAGGCUGAGCAUACAAUCACCUAUUCACUUCUUAUGCACCCGGAAGCUCCAGAGGAUGAAACAGAGCCCCCGGAUUACCAGAACAUUUAGUCUCUGUUGUCUUGCCUGAGAUUUGGGGAAGAGAACCGGAGAGGCCAGGAUCUGGUGUCUUGUGGCCUGAAUUCCCUUGAGGGAGGACGAGAGGACGCUGCAGUUCCAAAGGAACGGGACUCUUCCAGAGUUAUCGACGUGAAUCCUGAAGCUCCUUGUCCUGAAAGCCGUAGACAGUAUGAUCCCAGAUGACUGACUGUGCUGAAUUCCUCCGUGCCUUAGCACUUCUCACCAUGAAGACUCUUCUGUUACACAUCCACGCAGCCAAUAAAAAUUACUUUUAUUACGAGAUUGUAGCAACCUGAGAAAUGCUUAUGUUACAUGUUACAUGAGAAAAAUUAUAUAAGUAUAUAUGAUUUCAGAAAUGUUGGAACAGGCUAACAUAUGCCAACAUAUUAAAAGUGAUUGUUUUAAGGUGA